AUGCAAAAUACAGAGAAAGAUUGUUUCGAAAAAUAUUUUCAAGCGCAGUCGGCACUGUUCUGUAAUGAUAGAAUUUGCGAUGCUGACUGCCGAAAGUACAGCUUUGUGGAGGUUGUGAAAGCUGAAGAAGAGGCGCUUUUUGAUUUCGAUUGUCGAGCGAAGGUUCUUGGGCCCGGAAGACAUAUUUGCGAGAAUCAACAACCAAUAGCUCUGAAAAGAAAUGAGGAAGGGAGUGGAUGGACAACAACAGAAUCGCCAAAUUCUAGCGCUCAGAACAUCUCGUCCUCGAAUCUUAUUUUCCUGAUUUUCCUCUUCUUGCUCUCCAAAAUCAUCAAAUCAUAA